AGCCGUGAGGGGAACUAAGAACAUUAUAGUUCUAUUUUACAAUUUAGUAAUUUACAUCGUAGGUAAUUCGCAAUCACAGACCACAGUGAAAUGUAAUAGUGUUAUUAAAUCCUUAUUUAGUUUUAUGCGUGCAUUUACGUUACUAAUGUAAUCCUAAAAUAUUUGCAAUACAUCAGUGCCUAAUUAGAAAUUACGAUAAAUGAAUAAGAAUAUACCGCCAGUCUAACUCGACUUCGACCAAACGAAUGGAGUGAUUUCAGCUUUAACGAUGCAAACCAACCUGAAGACUAAAGAAAUGUUCAUAGUCAGGGCUUUGGAAAAGAUUUUAGCGGAUAAGGAUAUAAAACGAUCUUAUCACAGCCAGCUGAAAAAGUCUUGUGAAGUUGCCCUUGAGGAAAUUAAGGCAGAAUUAAAAGAUGGAGGCCAAUCAGAGUCAACAGAGAUUCCCUCUGGCACACUACCCUUACCUAAAAAUGAUGCAUCAAAUAUUAUAACAGCAGAAAAGUAUUUCUUGCCAUUUGAGUUGGCAUGCCAAAGCAAGGCAUCCAGGAUAGUUGUUACAGCUUUGGAUUGCUUGCAGAAACUAAUUGCCUAUGGUCAUCUUACUGGAAAUAUACCUGACUCAACUACUCCCAGAAAGCUUCUUAUUGAUAGAAUAGUUGAGACAAUAUGCAGCUGUUUCACUGGCCCACAGACUGACGAAGGAGUUCAGCUUCAAAUUAUCAAAGCUCUUUUGACAGUGAUUACAAGUCAACAUGUUGAAGUUCAUGAGGGAACAGUAUUGCUUGCAGUUCGAACAUGCUAUAAUAUCUAUUUGGCAAGUAAGAAUUUGAUAAAUCAAACAACAGCACGAGCCACUCUAACACAAAUGCUGAAUGUUAUUUUCACUAAAAUGGAAAAUCAAGCUUUGGAAGGUGGCUCUGACGUACAUCAGUCUAAUCCCAUGUUAUAUCAUAAAAUGCCAAAUGGAAAUAUAGUGUCUGAUCAUCAAAAUCACAAUGAUCAAGAGGAAAUGCCUGAUAAAAUUGUAGAAGCUAAAAUGAUUGCACAACAAAUUGUAGAAUCUGUCAUUGACAAUGCAGUUUCUAUUGCAGCAAAAAAGUAUUUGGAAAUCGAAGAUAAUGUCUCUGAAAACAAUGAGAAUCCACAUGACUCUCUAGAUAAUCAUAGUAUAUCCCAGGAAAGUAAUAGCCAGAUUGUAAGUGACACAGCUAUACCGAGAAUUCCUUCACAGGAGAGUGUUGAUGUUGUGUCUGAAAAUGAUAACUCAGUGACAGCCAAAUUCACACAUGUUUUGCAAAAAGAUGCUUUCUUGGUUUUUAGAGCACUGUGUAAAUUAUCCAUGAAACCCCUACCUGAAGGAGCACCAGAUCCCAAAUCUCAUGAAUUAAGAUCAAAAAUUCUUUCUCUUCACUUACUUCUGUCUAUACUUCAGAAUGCGGGGCCCAUUUUUAGAAACAAUGAAAUGUUCAUCACUGCAAUAAAACAAUAUUUAUGUGUUGCUUUAUCUAAGAAUGGUGUCAGUUCAGUUCCGGAAGUUUUUGAACUCUCUUUGGCAAUUUUUUUAGCUCUCCUUCAAAACUUCAAAGUACAUCUUAAAAAACAAAUUGAAGUUUUCUUCAAAGAAAUUUUCAUGAAUAUUUUGGAAACUUCAAGUUCCACUUUUGAACAUAAAUGGAUGGUCAUUCAAGCACUCACUAGAAUUUGUGGAGAUGCUCAAAGUGUAGUUGAUAUUUAUGUCAACUAUGAUUGUGAUUUAUCAGCUGCUAAUUUGUUUCAACGCCUUGUCAGUGAUGUUUCCAAAAUAGCUCAAGGAAGACAAGCCUUAGAAUUAGGAGCUACUCCAAAUCAAGAAAAAUCAAUGAGAAUUAGAGGUCUUGAAUGCUUGGUCUCUAUAUUAAAAUGUAUGGUUGAAUGGAGUAAAGAGCUAUACAUUAAUCCUAAUAUGCAAACAACCUUAGGUGAAAGGCCUAUAAAAGAAGAAUUUGAUCAUCAUAGUAUCAAGUCUCAUGGUGGGUCUAGCGCCAGCCUUGCCUCUAUGGGGUCAAGUAACAUUGGGAAUAGGGAAAAUUUGGACUCACCAGAGCAAUUUGAAGUUUUAAAACAGCAAAAGGAAGUUUGGGAGACUGGUAUUGAUUUAUUUAAUAGGAAACCAAAGAAAGGAGUGUCUUUUUUACAAGAUCAAGGUUUAUUGGGAACAUUAACAAAAGAAAUUGCAGAAUGGUUACUAACUGAUGAGAGACUUGAUAAAACUUUUAUUGGAGAGUACUUAGGAGAAAAUGAUGAUCAUUCAAAAGAGGUCAUGUAUGCCUAUGUGGACUCUAUGAACUUUAGCAAUAUGGAUAUAGUUGCUGCUUUACGCCAUUUCUUGGAAGGUUUUCGAUUGCCUGGAGAAGCACAAAAAAUUGAUAGACUUAUGGAAAAGUUUGCAGCACGUUAUUGUGAAUGUAAUCCCACCAAUAGUUUAUUUACAAGUGCGGACACUGUUUAUGUAUUAGCGUUUUCUAUUAUAAUGUUAACAACAGACUUGCAUUCCCCACAAGUAAAAAAUAAAAUGACAAAAGAACAAUACAUAAAAUUGAAUAGUGGAAUAAGUGAUAAUAAUGACUUACCUCGGGAAUAUUUGUCACAGAUAUAUGAUGAAAUAGCUGGCCAUGAAAUCAAGAUGAAGAAUACAUCAAAACCUGGAAAACUUAUGAUUUCAAAUGAAAAGAAACGAAAACUAAUAUGGAACAUGGAAAUGGAGCAAAUUUCAACAGCAGCAAAAAAUUUAAUGGAAUCUGUUUCCCAUGUUCAAACUCCUUUUACCACAGCAAAGCAUGUAGAGCAUGUCAGGCCUAUGUUCAAAAUGGCUUGGACUCCAUUUUUAGCUGCUUUUUCUGUUGGCCUACAAGAUUGUGAUGAUCCAGAAAUUGCCUCUCUUUGCUUGGAUGGUAUAAGAUGUGCUGUAAGGAUUACUUGUAUUUUUCAUAUGUCCCUUGAACGAGAUGCGUAUGUACAAGCGCUUGCUCGUUUUACACUUUUGACUGCUAAUUCACCAAUAACUGAAAUGAAAGCUAAAAAUAUUGACACCAUUAAAACAUUGAUAACAGUAGCUCACACUGAUGGUAAUUAUUUGGGUACAAGUUGGUUAGAUGUUGUUAAAUGUAUAUCCCAAUUAGAACUUGCUCAGCUCAUAGGAACAGGUGUGAGACCUCAAUUUCUCUCUGGGUCGGGCAUCAAACCCCAGGCAGAUUCCCUUAAAUUUAGCCUUAUGACUUUAGACCCAAGUGUUAAGGAACACAUUGGAGAGACAAGUUCUCAGAGUGUAGUUGUUGCUGUAGAUAGAAUAUUUACUGGAUCAACUAGAUUAGAUGGAAAUGCUAUUGUUGAUUUUGUCAAAGCUCUCUGUCAAGUAUCUCUAGAUGAGCUUAGUCAUCCUACCAAUCCUCGAAUGUUUUCCUUACAAAAGAUUGUAGAAAUAUCAUAUUAUAAUAUGGGCCGAAUCAGGCUGCAGUGGUCUCGGAUUUGGCAAGUACUUGGAGAUCAUUUCAAUAAAGUAGGUUGCAGCAAUAAUGAGGACAUAGCAUUCUUUGCUGUAGAUUCGCUAAGACAGUUAUCAAUGAAAUUCAUAGAGAAAGGUGAAUUUGCCAAUUUCAAAUUCCAAAAAGACUUUUUACGCCCAUUUGAACAUAUUAUGAAAAAGAACAACUCUCCCACUAUCAGAGACAUGGUUGUAAGAUGCAUUGCACAAAUGGUUAAUUCACAAGCACCAAACAUCAGAUCUGGUUGGAAAAAUAUUUUUUCAGUUUUCCAUUUAGCAGCAGGUGAUCAGGAUGAAGCAAUUGUUGAUUUGGCAUUCCAAACGACGGGUAAAAUUAUUAAUGACUUGUAUGAUAAACAAUUUCCCGCAAUGAUAGAUUCAUUCCAAGAUGCAGUAAAAUGCUUAUCAGAGUUUGCUUGCAAUGCUAAGUUUCCCGAUACUUCGAUGGAAGCCAUAAGGCUUGUUCGGUCUUGUGCAACUGCUGUUGGAAAUUCACCUCACUUAUUUGCUGAGCACGCUGGACUCGAAGGGGAACCAGGCGCCCCUGAAGAAGACAGGGUCUGGUUGAGAGGGUGGUUUCCUCUACUAUUCUCACUUUCAUGUGUGGUGAGUCGAUGCAAGCUAGAUGUACGAACUCGAGGUUUAACAGUUUUAUUUGAAAUUAUUAAAACACAUGGAGAUUCAUUCCGUCCGCAUUGGUGGAAAGAUUUAUUCAAUAUUUUGUUCAGAAUAUUUGACAAUAUGAAAUUGCCUGAACAUCAACUAGAGAAGAAUGAAUGGAUGACCACAACAUGCAACCACGCGUUGUAUGCUAUAGUAGAUGUGUUCACACAGUAUUUUGACACUCUUGGCUCACUGUUAUUAGAACAGUUGUAUGCUCAGUUGCAUUGGUGUGUACAACAAGACAAUGAACAACUCGCAAGAUCGGGCACGAAUUGUUUAGAAAAUCUAGUCAUAUCAAACGGAAUGAAAUUUAAUGAAGACACUUGGAGCAAGACUUGUCAGAUCAUGUUUGAUAUAUUUAAUAGUACUCUUCCCACUACAUUACUUACGUGGAAGCCAGAAGAAAAUGAUGAUAUUGAAGCACCACAAGUACGACACGGCAUUCUGAAAAAGCCACAAGGUGGCGAUGAAAUAAAAUCAUCUAAUCGUGUCUUCAACAGUCUUUUAAUAAAAUGUGUGGUUCAAUUAGAACUGAUCCAAACCAUUGACAACAUAGUCUUCUAUCCAGCCACAUCUCGAAAGGAAGAUGCAGAGACUUUAGCACUUGCUGCUGCCGAGUUAACCGGAGGACAUCCAGGUACAGAACAGGAAUGUCAACGUGAAGAGCAAGGCAUGUAUCGUCUGCUGAGUUCGCCACAUUUGCUGCGACUGGUGGAAUGUCUCAUGUGCAGUCAUCGGUUCGCUAAGACCUUUAAUACGAAUAAUGCACAGAGAAAUGUUCUUUGGAAAGCAAACUUUAAGGGUUCGGUAAAACCUAACAUGUUGAAACAAGAGACCCAGUCCCUCGCGUGUGUGAUGCGCAUAUUGCUUAAAAUGUAUAGUGAUGAAACCCGCAGAGAUCAUUGGCCACUCGUACAGAAGAGCUUGAUUACUAUUUGCUGUGAAGCUCUGGAGUAUUUCGCUGGAUUGAACAAUGAAGCACACCGCGAUGCUUGGACCUCAAUUCUUCUGCUUAUUCUGACUCGAAUAUUGAAGAUGCCAGAUGAAAGAUUUGCGGCACAUGUAUCAAGUUACUAUCCCCUGUUAUGUGAGAUCACCUGCUUUGAUCUCAAGCCUGAGCUACGUUCUGUUCUACGCAGGGUCUUCAUUAGGAUUGGACCAGUUUUCAACAUAGUUUCUAACACAAAUAAUUAUUAUUAAUCAAAAUGGCCUUAUAGUUCGAGUUAGGGUAUUGACAUUAACACUAUUAUUGUGUCAUUAAAAGAUAAUUUAAUUUAUAUAACUUUAUUAAAUAGGUCAUCAGUACUUCAGUAGUAUUAAUGUGAUUGAUCACUAGUACAUUAGUAGUCUUAUUGUCUAAUUAUUUAUAUAAAUUAUAGAAGUUUAAAAAUUAUUGUAUAGUAAAUAAUUAAUAGCUGUUGUAACUAAUUGAGUUUAUAUCUGUAUAUUUGAAUGUUUUAACGGCCAGAGAUCUGAUCUCACUCACUUUUGUUUGUUUUCGCUAGACUGAUCAAACUGUGAUUGUUAUCAUUUUACAGCUUUUCAUUCUUCGAGUGAUUUCAGUUUCUUACAGGCAACUGAUGAUCAUAUUAUUCAAUAUAAUAAUAAAUAUAAUACUUUAAAUGCA